CUCAACUCCCUUACCCCAUCCCCUCGACCCCACCUACCCCACCCACACGUAGAGAAUUUCAUAUAAUUCACCUAUAAAGUAACUGAAAAAGAAGAAGCUAUAUAGUGUAUUGUUUUAAUCCAACAUUAAAUCUUUAUAGCAAAGUUUUUCUGUAUCUGAAUCAUCACAGAAAAAUUUUCAUCUGUACUUCUUUUAGUUGAAUAUUCAAUCUUUGUAGCAAAAAAGAGUCCAAAAAAAAUUUAAAAAAAUGGAGAACAAUAACUCAUCUUUCUACCAAUUCAGUGAUAACCUACGUUUACAUACAAACAACUUACCAAAUUUAUCAUCAAAUGAUUCAAUAUGGAGUAUCAACAAUCAUGUACUACUACCAAAAAAGCCUCAAGAAAGAAGAAACUUUGAUAUUAGAGUAGGUGGUGAAAUUCAUGCAAAAAAUCCACCAAGAAAUUACAAUCUUUUUAGUAAUGAUGGUUGGAAGAUUGCUGACGUGGCAGCUGCUCAUGGUGGUGGUGGUGGGGUUGGUUUAAAUGGUGGAUUUAAUAAAGGGGUUUAUACAAACACUUUGAGUUUUAAUAAUAUUGCAUUGGACACCGCGCAUGGCAGGAGGUUUAGUGCGUCGAGCUGCUCUAUGGUGAGUAAGAAGAGUGGAAAAGGUGGUAAUUUUGAGGAUGAUUAUGGAUUUGUGAAUAAAUUUGGGAAGAAAAAUAGUAAGGUUAAUAGGGAGAGUAAUAAGGAUUUGAGUGGUGGUGGUAAUAAUGAGAAUAAGAAGUUUAAGACUUUGCCAGCAUCAGAAUGUUUACCAAGAAAUGAAACUGUUGGUGGAUAUAUAUUUGUUUGUAACAAUGAUACUAUGCAUGAGAAUCUCAAAAGAGAGCUCUUUGGUUUGCCACCUCGAUACAGGGAUUCAGUUCGCCAAAUAACACCGGGGUUGCCUCUUUUCCUCUACAACUACUCGACACACCAGCUUCACGGAAUUUUUGAGGCUGCAAGCUUCGGUGGGUCUAACAUUGAUCCUACAGCUUGGGAGGACAAGAAGAACACUGGUGAAUCGCGCUUUCCUGCUCAGGUAAGAAAGCAUGUUUUUAGUUUUUGUGCAGAAUUUCAUUCGGAUAUUUUACUGCUAUCAUACGAAUUAAUAGCAUCCCGUCACCUAAAAGAGGGGCAGCAUCCCGGU